CGGCACAAAGCACUCAAGGCGCGCUAUAAAAAGUAGUUCUAUCUGUCUAUGUCAUAGAAGUUUAAAAAAUUACACUGUCAACGUUUUUUAAACUUCGUAGCAACCCUCUGUAGCAACCUGAUUCAUUGAAUUUUAUUCUUGAUCGAUCCUAUUAUGUAUAACAUUAUACAUAAUUAGUUAUGUCAUAAUUACAAUAUCAUUUUACCCAAUUGUUUGGUUUUACUGCUCUAGUGCAAUUGAAUGAUGUUCUCGUGUAAAAAUAAACUAUUAAAAAGAUACAAUGAAGUUACCAUUCAGCAGGAUUCUAUCUCCAGUGCUGAAGCCCCAUUUAGGUAGCACAAGGGCUUUCUGUCAACACCCUUCCUUCGCAAUCAGUAUACCAUAUAUCUACUUCUAUGGUACACUUGGAUUAAUAAUAAAUGCUAACCAUUUAAGAAAACAUGUUGGGGAGAUACCAACACCUGAAUCCUGUACUGAAAUAAUUGAUAUCGAUAGAAAUUUCAUGUUGAUACAUGAUUUGAAAAUCAUUGGCACUUCUAUGGGCCUUGUCCAGUAUGCAUGUCUGGUUGUUGGCUGUCUCACUGAAAACCCUGCGCUUUUCUUACCGCAUCUCAUUGGGCAACUGCUGAUUGUACUAAUAAAAAUAUUAAACUUGUUCCUUUUGCUAGCUCGCCUAAAUGUAAAAUCAUUAAGUAAAUUGAGACAUAAAGUAGCACCCAUCUUAAUGAUGACCUUUAAUUGGUGUCAAGAAUUUUGUGUAUUCCACCAAUUUCUAUGCGUGUGUGAUUUAUAAUAAAUUUUCUUUGAGAAGGUA